AUGGAGUCUAUAGAGGAAGUUUUGGAAAGUUACUCCUCCCAGCUGGGGGCCCUCGACAGCAAACUGCAGCAGCUCAGGGGGGCCCUUGGGGCCCUGGCUAAGAAUCCAGCAGCAGCAGCAGCAGCAGCAGCAGCAGCAGACGCAGAAGCAGCAGCAGCAGCAGCAGACGCAGCGGAAGCAGCAGCAACAAGAAGCAAACCUCAUGAUGCUGCAGCAACUCUCCCACCCCUCGAGGCGGCGCAGCUCCAUGUCGCUACUGCCUUUGCUGCAUGCACCUUAUGGUUUACAUACCUCAAGACCCAGGGCCUGAGCACUCAGAGCCAUCCAGUCACAAGAGACCUCGCUCGCGUGCAGCAAUACAUGCAGAAAGUGUCGAGAGCAAUCCAAGAAGGAGAGAAAAGAACCCAAACCCUAGAUGUUGCUGCUGCUGGGCGUUUCAUUGCCUUCCACACAAACUCAAAGAGGGGCCCCCAGGGGGCCCCCAGGGGGGCCCCCAAGGGGGCCCCCAAGGGGGCCCCCAAAGGGGCCCCCCAAGGGGCCCCUGAGGAGGCCCCUGAGGGGGCCCCCCAGGGGGCCCCUGAGGGGGCCCCCCAAGGGGGCCCCCAGGGGGGCCCCCAGGGGGGCCCCAAUGGGGCCCCCAGGGGGGCCCUCAAGAGGGCCCCUGGGGAGGCCCCUGAGGGGCCCCUCUCGGGGGGCCCCCCUAAGAAAGUUCGCCGACUUAAGGGGCCCCCGGGGGCCCCCAAAGAGGCUUUUAAAGGCAAAGGGAAGUUCAAGAAAGAGAGGGCCCUGCAGGGGCUUUCAGAGGCCUCUGAGCCAAGCAGCAGCAGCAGCAGCAGCAGCAGCAGCAGCAGCAGCAGCAGCAGCAGCAGCAGCAGCAGCAGCAGCAGUAACAGUGGUAAUGUGAACAACAACAGCAACAACAGCAGCAGCAGCAACAGCGGCAAGCUGACAAAGCGGAAGAACAAACAAAAGAAGAAAAUUUCUGAAUUUGCGAUUGCUGCUCCAUUUGAGCAGCAACUGCUGCAACAACGGCAGCAGUUGCUGCGGCAGCUGCAGCAGCAGCUGCAGCAGCAGCUGCAGCAGCAGCUGCAGCAGCAGCUGCAGCAGCAGCUGCGAGAGCAGCAGCAGCACUAG